GUCAAAUUGCGACUUCUCCUAUUGUCAAGGCAAUUAUUUUGAAGACCUACUGCUGGGUGUGGCCGCAGGAAGAUUGGCCUUCAAAUCAGCGAAGACCUAUACUUAUGCUCAUCGUUUCCAGACAUACUUACACAAGACAUUGAUAGAACGCAUGCCACGAUGCCUACAGUACAUCUGCUAGAUUACGUCGCCGGAAAUGUCCGCUCCCUGGUCAAUGCGAUCAACAAAGUCGGCUACGAGGUGGAAUGGAUUAAGUCUCCAAGUGAUUUGAAGAAUGCGGAGAAACUCAUCCUACCAGGUGUCGGUCAUUUCGGCCAUUGCUUAUCUCAACUUUCAGAGGGAGGCUUCUUGGAUCCUAUCAGGCAACACAUAGCUUCUGGAAAGCCAUUCAUGGGGAUUUGCGUUGGUCUGCAAUCACUUUUUGAAGGUUCUGAGGAGGACUCCGAUGUUCCGGGGCUGGGAUUGAUUCCGAUGCGGAUGCAGAAAUUCAAUCCCGACACUAAGAGUGUACCACACAUAGGCUGGAACUCUGCUAUAGACACCAAGCUUGAGUCUGCGGAGAAUCGGAGCUUCUACGGAUUAAGCCCAAACAGCAAAUACUACUAUGUCCACUCUUACGCAGCUCUUUACACCCCAGGGCUCCUUGAGAAGGACGGCUGGUCAGUCGCCACAGCUACUUACGGCGAAGAAGAGUUUAUCGGUGCUAUUGCGCGAGAGAAUAUUUUCGCGACUCAAUUUCACCCGGAGAAAAGUGGCCAGGCUGGAUUACGGACUAUUAGCGCCUUCCUAAAUGGUGAUCGCUUCCAAACACUUACCCCGCAAGCGUCGCUCUCCUUGGACAAGAAAGAUGGGCUGACACGUAGAAUCAUUGCCUGUCUUGAUGUGCGCACCAAUGAUUCUGGUGACCUCGUCGUCACGAAAGGAGAUCAGUAUGAUGUCCGUGAAAAGGAUGGGGUGGAUACAGGAGGCCAAGUCAGAAACUUGGGGAAGCCCGUGGACAUGGCCAAGAAGUACUACGAGCAAGGAGCUGAUGAGGUCACGUUCUUAAACAUCACUUCCUUCAGGAAUUGUCCUGUUGCAGAUGCUCCCAUGCUGGAAAUCCUCAGGAGGACUUCAGAAACUGUUUUCGUGCCGCUGACUAUCGGGGGCGGUAUCAAGGACACUAUUGAUACAGAUGGCACUCACGUCUCAGCUCUUGAUGUUGCGACGAUGUAUUUCAAAUCCGGUGCUGAUAAAGUCAGCAUUGGUUCGGAUGCUGUUAUCGCAGCAGAGGAAUAUUAUGAAGGAGGCGAAAAGCUGACAGGCAAGACGGCUAUAGAAUCUAUAUCCAAAGCAUAUGGUAACCAGGCUGUGGUCGUGAGUGUGGAUCCUAAACGUGUCUAUGUGGACGGCCCAGAAGAUACCAACCAUCAUACAAUCCGGACAAAGUACCCAAAUGCCGCCGGUCAGGCAUUUUGCUGGUACCAGUGUACCAUUAAAGGUGGCAGAGAGUCGCGAGACCUCGACGUCCGACAACUAGCGAAGGCGGUCGAAGCAAUGGGUGCCGGUGAACUUUUGCUAAAUUGCAUCGACAAGGACGGAAGCAACAGCGGAUUUGAUCUGGAAUUGAUCAAUGACGUGAAAGCCGCUAUUAAGAUACCAGUAAUCGCCUCCAGUGGUGCUGGAAAACCCGAACAUUUUGCAGAAGUCUUCCAAAAUACUACGACUGAUGCUGCCCUAGGCGCUGGCAUGUUCCACCGAGGUGAAUAUACUGUCAGCGAUGUUAAACGUCACUUGGACAAUGGAGGAUUCCUUGUCCGCAGGCCUGAAGUGGGCAACUAGAGUUAUGCUUCUAACUCAUCAUGAAACUUUUGAUCACAUCAAUAUUCUUGGAGCACGAGACAGUCUGCAAGUUACAUAAGCACGCUCCUUUUUCUAAAAAACUGACAUACUCGGUUUACCGAAAGGACCCUGCGUCUGACGGAAGACUUACUCUAUCCGAAUACUGAACUCUCCGCUUAACUGACUUUACCUGCAUAUGUACACGGCACCUACGGGUGGGUGAAUAUACUAUUUUUUGAAUCUGCUAUCUCGCUUGGCUAGCAUGUGUGUUUUGCGAAUGUCUUUACACCAACAGAGGAGGGUAGGCGUUCAUAGUGGGAAGUUUGCGGCCUUGCGUCACAAGGCUCACAUCCGCUAGUCCUCAUACGGAUCUCUGUAAAUAUGCAUUUAUCCUUCCACAUCUUAUCUGUGAGACCUCUAUAAAGAAAGUGAAUUUGUUUAAA